CAUGUCAAGGCUUUCAGCUGGCGCCUCUCUCAAACCUGCCAAGAUGCCAGUUGUGAGCGACCACAGUGAGCGGAUGAAGAAGUUCAAGAACAAGGGCAAGGACACGGCCGCCCUGCGGAGGCAGAGAGUGGAGGUGAACAUCGAGCUACGAAAGGCCAAGAAGGAUGAGCAGAUCCUGAAGCGCAGGAGUAUUUCAUUCAGUCUGCUGGAUGAGAGUCUCUCUCCGGGAGAAGACAAAAGAAAUGAGAUUAUUCAGCUGUCCUUGGAGGAAAUCGUUCAAGCUGUGAAUGGGAGCAACACCGAGCUGCAGCUGCAGGCCACGCAGGCCACCAGGAGAAUGCUGUCCAGGCAGAAGGACCCCCCUAUCAAUCAGAUCAUAGAGCUGGGGAUCAUCCCUAGGCUGGUUGAAUUCCUGACCCGUGCUGACAGUGCUCCUCUGCAGUUUGAAGCAGCCUGGGCACUGACUAACAUCGCCUCUGGUACCUCUGACCACACCAAGGCAGUGGUGGAGGGAGGUGCUAUCCCAGCCUUCAUCUCCCUCCUGUCCUCCCCGCACAUGCACAUCAGCGAGCAGUCUGUGUGGGCACUGGGCAACAUCGCAGGUGAUGGUCCUCUAUACAGAGAUGCUCUUAUCAAUUGCAAUGUGAUUCCUCCCUUGCUGGCUCUGGUGUCACCUGUAACUCCAGUCGGGUUCCUGAGGAACAUCACAUGGACGCUGUCAAACCUCUGUAGGAACAAGAACCCCUACCCUCCCCUGGAUGCGGUAAAAAAGAUGCUGCCAGUCCUCAUCUGCCUCAUGGAACAUGAGGACAAGGACAUCAUUUCUGACUCCUGCUGGGCCAUCUCCUAUCUGACUGACGGCUCCAACGAUCGCAUCCAAAUUGUGGUGGAUACAGGGAUUCUCCCAAGGCUGGUGGAACUCAUGGCCAGCCCAGAGUUGAUCGUUAUGACUCCAGCUCUCCGUGCCAUUGGGAAUGUAGUCACGGGGACUGACGAGCAGACCCAGGCGGCUAUUGAUGCUGGUGUCUUGGCUGUCCUGCCCUGUCUCCUGCGGCAUGCAAAGCCAACUAUACAGAAGGAAGCCGCAUGGACGCUCAGUAACAUCGCAGCAGGGCCUUGCCGGCAGAUCCAGCAACUCAUCACCUGUGGGUUAUUGCCACCUCUGGUGGAGCUGCUCGAUAAGGGGGACUUUAAAGCUCAGAAGGAGGCUGUGUGGGCAGUGGCCAACUUCACGACAGGAGGCACUGUGGAGCAGGUGGUGGAGCUCGUCCAGUCUGGGGUCCUCAAACCUCUGCUCAACCUGCUCUUGGCCAAAGACAGCAAAACCAUCCUGGUCAUCCUGGAUACCAUUUCAAAUCUCUUCCUGGCAGCUGAGAAGCUGGGAGAGACAGAAAGGUUGUGUCUGCUGGUGGAAGAGCUUGAUGGUCUGGAGAAAAUUGAAGCCUUGCAAACCCAUGACAACAACAUGGUCUACCGAGCUGCACUGACUAUCAUAGAGAAAUAUUUUUCUGGUGAGGAAAAUCCAGAUCUGCAGCCUGGCACUAGCCAAGACGGACUAUACGAUUUCUCAGUGGAGAAGCAAGACUUCAACUUCUGAAGAUGAAGCACUACACAGCUCUGAGCUGAUGGGUGGAGGUGUCCUGGUAAAGCUCAGGCAUCCAAACCAAGAGGAGCGAAGAUGCUGAGUCUUUUUACUUUUGAAACUUGUCAAUAAAUUGCACUUCUGGCUUUGUA